UUGCUUUACUUUUCAUUCAUUUCAGAAUGGUUCGUGCGGUUCGCAUUGGGUCCCAGUCUUUUGGGCCAUCGCGUGCGUUUGUUCGUAAAUCACCCGCUUACCGAGGAAAAAGGCGGUAGCUAUCAGAAGAGCUGGAACGAACUGCCGUGGCAAAACUCAUCGAAAAAUGCCAACGACUGUUUCGACGCAUACGCCGAGUUUCGAUGUUUUAUCGCUGGUCCGUUCCGAUACGUCUUCCUGUGCGAUACAGAUAACUUUGAAGAUUUCAGCGGUUCAGGGUACCUGCAGAUCAUACCACAGCUUACAGUUGGAGUCGAUGGUCAUGUGCAGUUACCGUUAAACGCGAUCCAGUGUCAGACGGUGCUGUCAAAAUUAUUGGGCCCGUUUGAACAAUGGGAGAGCCGUCUCCGCGUUUCCAAGGAAUGCGGCUACAAUAUGAUUCACCUGUCUCCCAUACAGACGCUGGGUGUGUCUGACAGUGCUUACAGUAUUUCGAAUCAUUUGGAGUUGAACCCGAUGUUCAGCACCAAGGGCAAAAUUUACACAAUGCAGGACGUAGCAAAACUUGUGCAAAAGCUUCACGACGAAUGGCAGGUGUUACUGAUUUCGGACGUCGUGUGGAACCACACAGCAAAAAAUUCCAGUUGGUUGAUCGAUCAUCCGGAAUGCGCCUAUAAUUUAGAGAACUCACCACACCUGCGCCCUGCGUUUGUGCUCGACCGAAUCUUGUACCAUUUCGGUCGCGAAGUGGCCGACGGGAAAUGGACAAACUGCGGGAUACCUAAGGACAAAUGGGAAGGCUACCAUUUGGAGAACUUGAGACGCGUGCUGUUGGACCAGGUGUUGCCGCCGCAUCGAUUGCACGAAUUCUUCCAAGUGGACGUAGACAAACUGGGCGCUGAGUUUGCUUCCAAAAUUGCAGGUGCAUUUCAGUUUCGCCUUAUUGAUGAUUGCUUGGUGCCGUUACGAACUAACUUGCUUCCACGUCUAGAAUUGGGAAAACCUUGUGCCCAGGAAGAAAAGACCUUGCCGUUGGUCAUUGUCCAGUGCCCAGAUUACAAGCGGUUCGGAUCGACAGUAGACAUGGAACAAGCCAUACUUACUUUCAACCAACCAAAGCCUGACUGUGUCGACGAACAGCAACGACAGUGGCGCUGUGUGGACGAUUUCCGUGCAUGUCUGCAACGUCUGAAUGACGACAGUGCCACUCGAUGCUGGAACCACUUACGGGACGCGGUCAACGCGCUGCUUGGCCACGUGAACUACGAACGCGUCGCAGACUACGGCUUGAAGCAUGCUGACUACGAAAGCCACCAUGCUCUUUUGCCAAAGUAUUUCGAAAAUCCAUACGAAAACGCGGAUUUGCAGACGGAAGAGGCGAUGAUGUAUAAUGAGAAAGCAAAGCACAUAAUGGCGUUGAAUGGCUGGGUGAUGAACGAUGACCCGUUGAAGAAUUUCGCUGAAUUUCCCUCUAAGACUCCGGAACAGUGGGUUAACGACGCGUUGGUCUAUUUUCGACGCGAAUUGAUCUGCUGGGACGAUAGCGUUAAGCUGAGAUACGGGCAGACGCCAGAGGAUUGCCCUUUUCUGUGGAAGUACAUGACGGAUUAUACGGAAUUGACCGCUAAGACCUUUUACGGUUUUCGGCUGGACAACUGCCACAGCACACCGUUACACGUCGCUGAAUACUUGCUUGAGAAAGCCAGAUAUAUCAAGCCGGAUUUGUACGUAUAUGCUGAGCUGUUCACCCGCGAUGAGAAUUUGGACAACCUGUUCAUUAAUCGGCUGGGAAUAACGUCAAUCGUUCGAGAAGCCCAAAAUGCUGGCGAUUCCCACGAGGAAGGAAGACUGGUGUUUCGCUACGGUGGUAUUCCGGUUUCUUCUUUUUUCCAGCGACCAAUCCGACCAUUGAUGUCUCGAGUCUCCCACGCAAUGUUCUUCGACGUCACGCACGAUAAUUGUUGUCCGAUACAAGCCCGAACCAUAUAUGACACGUUUCCUUCAGCGGCGCUGGUGGCCAUGGCAGGCUGUGCGAUAGGCAGCAAUCGGGGUUUCGACGAACUGGUCCCAUAUCAGAUCGACGUCGUUCGCGAAAAGCGACUCUACUGCAGUUGGACGGACUGUGAGAAGCCAGAAGCCGGCCAAGUGAACUUCUCCUCAGGAAUGAUGAUCGGUCGUCGCGCUAUCAAUGAUCUGCAUUACUUUCUUGGUACAGCCGGUUUCGAUGAAGUUUACGUGGACCAGAUUACCGAGGACGUUGUGGCAGUUACCAGGCACAAUCCGAUCAUGCAUCAGAGCGUCAUUUUGGUUUCUCGUACUUGUUUCAGUCCAGACAAGAUCAACCGUGCCACUGUUUGUCAGUCGGAAAUGGUAAACGCUGAGCCUUCGUCGAUGUCGUUUAUGACAGACGUGGAAUUUGUCGAAUUUCCUCCUGGAUCUGCGAUCGCUCUGAGGACCGAUUUACUAGGACUUGGAUUUCGAAUGCGCUCUUGCAGCGGCACCGACUUGGAAAAAAUGGCUCACGAAGGUUACGACCCCGUUUUAAUUUUUAAUUUGACCGACAAUCUUGCACUUGCUUUAUUUCAAGCUCCCAGCCUGAGAACGAUUUUGAGCGGUAUGACUUUGCAAGAUUUGAACCGAGUUCUGUUCCGAUGUCACGAAGAGGAAGCUGACGAACAUCCGGGUGCUGGAGCUUAUUACAUACCCGGUGUUGGAAACCUGGUAUACUGCGGCCUGCAGGGAAUGACUAUACUGCUGAAUACGGUACGACUGAAAAACGACUUGGGACAUCCUUUCUGCGAACACAUCCGUAAAGGUGACUGGUUGGUGGACUACAUAGCCGACCGUCUUAUUCGGAAUCAUCAUACAAAAGAUCUUGGUUUGUGGUUCAAAAACAUGUUUGAGCUGUAUAAGGCUGUUCCGUACAAUUUAAAACCCUGUUACUUUGACGCGAUCGUUAGUGGCAGCUACCGUAUCAUUCGGGAAACGGUAUGGCGGAAGAUGUCCAAGUUCAUCAACAGUGGCAGUUCGUUCGUUAGAAACCUUGCGCUGGCGUCCUUGGCGUUCUGUGCAUAUGCGAAGUCCGCUCAACUUCCCCAGCUGUCAGACAAGAUUCAUCCCCCGUUACCUAACACAGUUGUCGAUUCAGUGACCGGUUCUUCGGUUCAGGCUUUGACGUCGUUGUCCGCAGGGCUUCCACAUUUUUCAUGUGGCCUGUUUCGUAACUGGGGCCGCGACACCUUCAUUGCUUUGCCUGGCAUAUUGCUGAUAACAGGCAGAUACGACGAAGCGCGGUAUACGAUACUGGCGUACGCCGGAUGCCUCAGGCAUGGGCUGAUUCCGAACUUGCUCGGAGGAGGGGCAUUUGCUCGCUACAACUGUCGCGACGCCGUCUGGUGGUGGCUAUACUCCAUCAAGUGUUAUACUGAAAUUGCGCCCAAUGGCGAAGAGAUUCUCUCAGACACUGUUAGGCGACUGUAUCCAUCGGACGACGUGGUUGCUAGUCAAAAGUGCACUGAACAGCCGCUCGCUGAUACAAUUCAGGAAGCUAUGCAACGACAUUUCGAAGGAAUUAGCGUAAGAACUCUUCUCUUUACUAUUGUAUUGCUUUCUGUUCAUGAGCAUAUUCCACCUGUAAAAGAAACCUGAUA